UUUCGAGCUGCCCUUCGCGAAAGGGAGGUUUUGGGUAUUUUCCGUGAAAAAAGAGUGCAUACUGCAGUUUUUGCCACGCUAAAUUGCCCAGAAUGAUGCAGGGAGUGACUGUGUGUCUGUACAGUGUGUGAAAAUGUUGGAAAUAGUGUGAAAAGUCCGUUAGAAACCCACACAAUAUAACGACUCUGCGGAAAUUGAUACGAUUCUAUUAAUAAUCUCGGAGGGUUCGUGAGUGGAGUGUGAGUGGUUUAUUAUUUGAAGAAAAUGCAUCUGCAUUUUGAGAGGUGCAUCAACACCAAGUGCGACUGUUCAAUUCUCUCACUGUCAUGGAUGGGAAAGGUGCCAGAUGAUAUUCCAGAGGAUGAGGGAUGGAAGCUGAACAGGACGAACUACUAUCAGGAAGGAUGGUUGGCUACGGGAAAUAUUCGUGGGAUUGUUGGUGUGACAUUCUCUACGUCACACUGCAAGAAGAAUAUGGAGUUUCCUCUGAGGACGAACUACAAUCUGCGAGGCCACCGAGCGGAAGUGAUCCUGGUGAAGUGGAAUGAGCCGUACCAGAAGUUGGCGUCAUGCGACAGUUCAGGAAUCAUCUUUGUGUGGAUCAAGUACGAGGGACGGUGGUCGAUUGAGUUGAUUAAUGAUCGCAACACGCCAGUGACGCACUUUGCAUGGUCACACGAUGGUCGAAUGGCCCUGAUUUGCUAUCAGGAUGGAUUUGUGCUGGUGGGAUCUGUGGCAGGACAGCGAUACUGGUCGUCAAUGCUCAAUCUUAAUGCCACCAUCACGUGUGGCAUUUGGACGCCUGAUGACCAACAGGUGUACUUCGCCACCACACAAGGUCAGGUGAUUGUGAUGGAUGUCCACGGAGCGAUGGUAUCCCAAGUGCAAUUGUGCCCUGAUGUCGGCAUCACGGGCAUGUCAUGGUCGUGCGAGAAGUUCAAGAUGGAAGAGGGUGAAGACAUUGAGCCAGGCGUUACAAAUGCCUCAAAGAGAUCAUUUGUCUUGGCUGUGAGCUUCCAGAAUGGCUACAUUUAUCUCAUCAAGUCUUUCGAUGAUGUCUCUCCAAUUCGCAUUCGCACUGAUCUGCUCGGCAUCGUGAUGGAGUGGAGCAAUUCACGCGAAUUACUCGCCGUGGCGGGAACGUGUCAAAAUCUGUCCGAAUUUCUGGAUCCACCAUCGACUCCAGUCUAUGAGAAUUUCGUGAAAUUCUACACAGAGUGUGGAAAUUUAUUGUACACCGCGAGAAUCCCCAACAGCAGCAAUCCUGUUAGUGCUCUAACGUGGGGUCACAAUGACAAGAGGAUAUUUAUAGCCACAGGAAAUCAUGUUCACAUUGCGUGGGUGUCGAGGAAGAUUGCCUCCCUUCAGCUACUCUGUCGCCUCCAGAUCCAGGGUAGUCUCCCAUCUGAGGCUUUCCUCUCAAGACUUCCGCUUCCGUCGCGCAUCAAAUUGCUCAUUGGCAACCUUUUUGCUCAAACAAUCCGAUGCUGUGUUCCGGAUGCAAAGUCCCUGAGGGAGUUUGUGUCUCGUCCGCCAGUGUGUUCCACACGGCUUCACUGCACAAUGAUCCGUCACGAUGACGAUUCAAAUUUGAGCUCUGGCACGUGCUACACGCUUUACUUGGAAUAUUUGGGAGGACUCGUGCCGCUUCUCAAAGGAAAGAGAACCUCCAAAAUUCGCCCUGAGUUUGUCAUCUUCGAUCCGCAGGUGGAGAAUGGAUCAAUUUUCUUCUCCUAUUCGCCAGACAACAAAAGUUCAUCAGGAUCGAGUCAAUCCACUGGUGGAGGAACGACAACUGGCCGUUCAGAAUCGUCAGACAGUGAUUUGGAUGAUGGAUGUCGAGGUUCACCAAGACUUCAGCGACGACGAAAGACCCGAGCGCGACGAAAACCUCAAAAUAUUGCAAAUGGAUCGGAAAAAUCUGGUCAAACACACGAGGGUGGUGAAGGAAAUGAUGAAUUGGCGUAUGUAGACACUCUGCCCGAAGAUGUGAAGCUUGUGGAAGUGACAUCAAAUAUUUGGGGGACGAAGUUUAAGAUUCACGGCAUUUCCAAAACAGUUCCGGCAAAUCUUGGUCAGGUGACAUAUAAGACGUCUCUGUUGCAUCUGCAGCCACGUCAAAUGACUCUGGUGAUAACGGAGCUUCGGGAUGACUUUCCUGCGGGUCCUGAUCCGACCUUCAAUCCCAAUAUCUUCAGUGAAGAUGAGGAGGAGCAGCCAUUGUACUCGCCGCCGCCGGUGCAGACGAGACGUCUGAAGGAAGGGGCGCCUCCAAUUGCCCCAAUGUCACCUAGACCGAAUAGAUUCACAACCAUUCUCAAGAACUACUCUCCGCGAGGGGAUCUUCCGCCACUUCCACCUGCCGGUGCUGUAGGGCCCUUGGCUAGGGCGGAGUCCUAUGAAGAGGAACUUCCCUAUGCGGACACGACAGAGCCUGAGGGAAAAGUGACCGCCACAGUGACUUCGCGUCCGGGACCGAGUUACACAAACUUAGUGACACCUUAUUCACGCAGUUCUUCGAGUUCUGGCCAAUCUCGCCAUGCUAUUUCUCCACUGUGCUGUGAAGGAUCUGUGCCAACACUGCAAUCGCCCAAGAACGCCGUAGCACCCAGUGAUAUCAUCUUUGAUCGUCCUCCAGCUGCCCAGACGACUCUCAUGAGUUACUCCAGUUCGUCAGAUUACACCACAAAUGUGCAUCAGGUGAAGAGUGCCCUCAUAGCUGACUCGCCACGCACCACAAAUUCCCAUGUUAAUCCUGUGCCGCUGAAUCUGAAUUUAAAUCUCGAACGUCUGGAGUCAAAAGGAAGUCAUCAGAGGGAUAAUUGCAAAUUUGGGAGGCGGAAAGACCUUCAGUAUAUUGAUGAGGAAGCACCAACAGCAGAUUUGACUGCUCCUUCUACGUCCACCAUUCGAAGGACACCCACGGUUCUCUCGAUUGCCCCUGCAAUUCCAGAUGCUAUGACGAGGAGCUGUAGUGUGGGAUAUCUUGAUUCUGUGGACAUGGUGCCAUCGGACUCAGCUCUGCUGAUGCUUAGGAGAGACACGCCCUACAAGAGGUUGAUUCUUGUCGAUAGAAAGCCCAAAAAGAAUCGAAAGCAACACGAUGACAUGACAAAGCCAAAACUCCAGCAAAGUGGAAAAUCGAAGAGUCUGGACUUUUGUGAUCUGCAGCAAAUUGGGGAGCAGCCAAAGAAAGAAAGGCCAGUAGAGGGAAAUUCUUCCAAAGAUCCACCAGUGAAAACGUCGACUGGAACUUGUUUCAUUUCUCGCACGCCAAUUCUCAAUCGUCGAGAGAAGCCUAAAAUUUGUGCGGUGUGCAAACAAAUAUCUCCAACUGUGAGUUCUCUUGAGAGCGUUUGUCUGUCAUGUAGAAAAUCUCCCGGGCAGCGCAAUGAGAAUCUGGUGAAUAACAACAUAAGUGUGAAUAACAACUAUAGCAUGUUGGGAAAGAGCAAAACUGGAGCCACUCCAAGGCGAUAUCCAUCGGCUUCUGCUCAUGAUGGUGCUGGAAUGUCUGGUAAUAACAAUGGAUUGGAGAUGAGACCUUCUGUGCCUGGCAGUAAACGAACGGAAGUCAUCACGAGCUACACGGACAGUCCACUAUUCUCCAGAAAGCAUCGCUACAAAGAGUCCAGUAGCAGGCGUGGUGAGGAGCAAUCGCCGAGUUUGGAGAGGAAGAAUUACUUGUCGCGGAGGAAGAAGAAGGAUGACUCCAUGAGAUUCUAUGACAAUGAUCAGGUAGAGAUAAUGCCCAUGGAGCAGAGAGCGUCGGUGUCUCUGCACACUCAGGCCUUGACAACAUUGGAGAGCAUUAUAAGUCGCUUGAGGGAUUUGGAUGAGGGUAGAUUUACGCCACCAUCGCCACAACAUACCAGCAAAUUGCCAAAGAGUAGUCCUGCCUCGCCGGCGCCCAGCAAGAAGGGCAAGAGACACCAGAGCGCCUCGCCUAUUAGGCACAUCCUGAAUUCGCCGCUUCUCAACAGGCGUCAGCGCAAAAAGCAGCCCGUGGAGAGUUCAGACGAUGAAUUGGGUCAGGGUGGAUCCGGAGAGGACACGUCGUCUGGUGGGAAGCAGUAUCGUGACUUGGAGACAUUCCAAAAGGCUCAAUUGAGGCAGAAGCUGAAAAGGGGGAAGAUUGAGCCGAAUGGAACUACCUCGUCAUCAGUUUGUUCGCAGCCGGCUCCACUGAGGCGCGAGUUUGUGAUGCACAACAAGGCGCCAAUGUGGAAUGAGAAUAGUCAGGUGUAUCAGCUGGACUUUGGCGGCCGCGUGACUCAGGAGUCCGCUAAGAACUUUCAAAUUGAGUUUCGCGGAAAGCAAGUCAUGCAGUUUGGGCGAAUUGACGGCAAUGCUUACACCCUCGAUUUCCAAUAUCCCUUCUCAGCUCUGCAAGCUUUUGCCGUGGCUCUCGCGAAUGUGACGCAGCGUCUUAAAUAAGGAAUUUGCUAUUUUCAGCGGCAAGAACGCUUAAGAUAACUUUCAGCUCGACAGUGAGACUAUUAAUUAAGUAUAUAUGAAACCAUUUUAAUACUCUCAAUAAUUCUCUCUAAUUGUUUUUACGUGUCUAUAAAAUAGAAGUGGACAGAAGAGGUGUGAGGAAGUGAUUGGAAAUGUGAGAGGAAUUUGUAUACCCGCAUUAGAGUAUUCCAUUGAGACGAGAUGCUCUAAUAUUGUAUUUCUUGAUCGUUAAAUGUUAGUUUUCUUCGUGUUCUAAAGCGACUAACUUCGAGGUGUUGCUAAAAAGUGCAAUAUUAUUAUUUUUAUUUGAUAAAUAAUAUCUAGUCUGUUUCCCCAAAACGCUUUGUUGAUUUUUGACUUACGACUAGGAAAGGAAAGAUACCAAAGACGAUUUAACUUAAUUUGUUCUAAUUUGUAUUGCCAUUCUUAAUCUCGCUUAACACUAUUUAUUACGUUUGUACUUAAAUUCUAUGGACUUUUAUUGAGCACGAAAUGAUAUAUCUGUGUGACUGAGAAUUGUGACAACAGAUAAAGUAUAUAUAAUUUUAUCACAUAUCAAGUAAGGAAAAAUCCCAGGGGCUAGACUUUUGUGCUACACAAUGGGGUAAUGAAUAAUUUUGGAGCUUAGAAUAUUAUACUAUAUAGCUUAAAAAAUUGUAACAAAGUGAAAUAUGCAACCGUCAGUAAUUUCAAUAUGAGAAAAUAGUAGAAUUGAAUAUAUUUCGGUGCAAUAGUUUGUAUUAUUUAUCGAUAAAUCAUGUGGAUUCCAUCCUUCAAUGUCCAAAUAAGGCAUAUAUUUGUUUUACGGAAUAAAUGAAUUG